AUGGAGGAUUAUUGUUACGAGGUUGUUAAUUCGGAUGAUGGAAAUGAAAGCCAGGACCUCGAUACCGACAGAUGUGUCAGAAGCUUCGAUGUAACUAAAGAGGGGAAUGAGAGGUACUCCAGGAACCUGCGGGAUUGCAGUCCUGAAGGAGAGCCACCCAUUUACCCAAUAGAAUCAAAAGAUGAAACAAGAAAGAAAGAGGUUCCUGAAUGUCCUCCCAAAGAUAGCGAAAUAAAAGCGCCAUGGGACUGUCGUGACAAUGUUAUGUUCUACGUGAUCGCAGGAUAUAUUGUCGGUGUUUUGAUAGUUCAGAUUUGGUAUUACCGAAAUCCACAGAAGGCCUGCAGAGAUCUGAACGCGAAAUGGUUAUUUUUGGUAGUCAUCGGUCUGGGCCUUCUCUUAAUGGUACUCACACGACCAGGAAGAUGCAUUUUGGCGUUAUGCCUUCCGACCCUAGUCCAUUACCGUGUUCUGGUAAUAUCCUGUGCCCUUCUUGUGGCAUUGUCGGGACCGGUGACAAAUUUUAUUUUUAACAUUGCCAUUUUGGGGCAUAGUCUCACCUGCGAAGGGAAACUGCUCUUCGUUGCGUUGGAAAAGAUGCACCGUGUUAUGGCGGAGCCAUCUUAUCCAGUGCAGGAGUCGUUUCAAGGGACUCUGUCAGCCAUUAGCCAAAUUAUAAACAAGUUGGACAAGAUUUUGGUGCGCAUGGAGUUACCAAUAGCUGAUAUUCAAGCCACCUAUAGGACUGGCAUAGAGUGGCUAGACCUGCAGCAUGAUUUCUUUAAUUACAAGAUGGGGUCACCUUUUAAUAGAUGUUUGGCAGCUGGAUUCUUGGUUGAAAAGCAGUUAAAUAGUCAAUCCGAGGAAUCCAAUAAGGAAGAUCAUUUUUCUUGGUUUUGUAAAGACCUCGAAAGUCUUACAAGCUUUUUUGACAAAAAUCUGUUACUUCAAGAAGAACUUAUGGAAGACAUAUUUCGUCGCUUGCAUAUAAUCUUUGUAAAACUAAGGUUUAUUUUUAUGGCUACCAUAACUUUUGAACACAACACUGAUUGGUCAACUGUCGGUUCUAUAUGUGACAAGGAUCUCGGACUUCAUCAAGAAAUCUAUAAAUAUAUGGACUGGCAAAGACGCAAGCUGUUCUUGGUGUAUUCUAUUAUAUACGUUAUUAUAUUUAUAUUAAUUUUUAAUCUUAUAUUGAAAGCUACGAGCUUUCGCUUUCGUUACCUUGCGAGUAAGGACUAUAACAAUGUUUACAUAACCCGGGACUUCAAGAUCUACGAAGAGCAGCAGUUUGAGAGCUUGGAAGUCAAAGCGUUGCCUUUGAGAAGUUUUGAAGAAAAUAAAUACGUCGAGAUAAACUCGAUGAGACUCCUUCCAGAAGAAUUCGACUCACUAAAGCAUUCUCGAGUUUUCUUGGUUAUUAUGGGAAUUCAACUCUUUAGUAUUUGUUUCUUGGAUUAUAGUCUUUAUGUCUUAAUUAAGAUGAUGUCUCAUUACAGUAAGGUGUCAAAAAUAGUACCAGAUUACCACCGUCUGGCAAUAAAAGGAAAAGGAACAAUCGUGCAUCUUCUGCGCAGCAUUGUAAACGCUUUCGAGCCAAGAUAUUUUGAUGUCGAUGAGCACAAAUGUCUAAUAAUCCCCAGAAAGCCAAAGUAUCUCUUUUACUGCUUUAUAUUUAUUCUAUACAUUUUGGCGUGGGUUUUGGUCUUUUUGGAACCUUACGAACUCCGUAAAAGGCAUCGGAUUAUGGCCUAUUUUUAUCCAGAGCAAGCCCAGAGGAGAGCUAUCGCCCUAUAUAACACUAUACUAAGGGAAAGGGAUGAUCUAAUUAGGUCAAGUCGCCAAAGAGCUCGCUGUUUAAAUUCUUAUUCCGACAAGAGCCCAAGCUUUGUUCUACUGUGUGCCUCGUGGAUGAGUUCUUUAAACACUUGGUGCAGUAAUGGUUGUCGAGGAUAUUUUAUAGGAAAAACAUGCACUAUUUGCCACAGGCCCCUCCAAAGAUUCAAUUACGUUAGCUGUUCUCUGCCCAAGUGCAAGGGAAUCUACUGUCAAGCGUGUUUUUUGGAGUCCAGUGAUUUAUGCAUACUUUGUAGUUCCGAAUCAAAUGAGAGUGAGGUCUCGGAAAUCGGAUUCUCCGAGUCCGAAGAUCUUGAACCUGAUUAUUGUAAGGCUGAUGAUAACGCCGAUAGAGACGAUCGAGAUAAGAAGGCCUAGAAGUCCGAGUUAUGUCUGCUAUUUUUAGAACCGGUCGGUGAGCAAGCAGAACAAGUUCACUGGGCAGCUACCUUAUCAAGUCCCAUAUUGUCUAGUGGUUAGGAUAUCCGGCUCUCACCCGGAAGGCCCGGGUUCAAUUCCCG